GUCAGGUGGCUCCGGGAUGCGCGGCCGCGGCGGCAGGCGGAGGCGGGCGAGGAGGAGGAGGAGGGGGGGGAUGCGGCGGCGGCUCGGCGGCACGCGCUGCCUGCCCUCGCCUGUCCCCGCGCUGGGCUGAGGCGGCCCCGCGCCGGGCACCCCCCCCGCGGCGGCGGCACCUGCUGCCGGCAGGCGCCGGGCCGCAUGAACAAUAGGCGGCGGUACCGGCCCUGCCGCCCCCCGCAGCGCCCGGCUGCAGCGGGCGCCUCCCCCUAUGGAGCAGCCUCGCCAUGGAGCCCCUCACAGAGCUCAGCCAGGAGGGCGCGGGCGGCGGGGAGCCGCCGGGCGGCGGGCCGCUCUGGACCGCCGUCUUCGAGUACGAGGCGUGCGGCGAGGACGAGCUGAGCCUGCGGCCGGGGGACGUGGUGCAGGUGCUGUCCCGGGACUCGCACGUGUCCGGCGACGAGGGCUGGUGGACGGGAAAGAUCGACCAGCGCGUCGGCAUCUUCCCCAGCAACUACGUGAGCAGCGGCGUGCAGGGGGCCGGCCCGGAGCUGCGGGCCCGCUACCCGCCGCCCCCCGCCAUACAGCUCCUGGAGAUCGACUUCUCAGAGCUUGUUCUGGAGGAAAUCAUUGGCAUAGGGGGCUUCGGAAAAGUGUAUCGAGCUGUAUGGAUAGGAGAUGAGGUUGCUGUCAAGGCAGCUCGCUAUGACCCUGAUGAGGACAUCAGCCAGACCAUUGAGAAUGUCCGCCAAGAGGCCAAGCUCUUUGCAAUGUUAAAGCACCCUAACAUCAUUGCCCUCAGGGGCGUGUGUUUGAAGGAACCUAAUCUUUGCUUGAUCAUGGAGUUUGCCCGUGGAGGAUCACUAAAUAGAGUGUUGUCUGGUAAAAGGAUACCUCCUGACAUACUAGUGAACUGGGCAGUACAGAUUGCAAGGGGAAUGAACUACCUGCACGAGGAAGCAAUUGUUCCCAUAAUUCACCGUGACCUGAAGUCCAGCAACAUACUGAUACUCGAAAAGGUGGAAAAUGGAGAUCUGAGCAACAAGAUAUUGAAGAUCACGGAUUUCGGCUUGGCCAGGGAAUGGCAUAAAACUACCAAAAUGAGCGCAGCUGGGACAUAUGCCUGGAUGGCUCCUGAGGUCAUCCGCUCCUCCAUGUUCUCCAAAGGCAGCGAUGUGUGGAGUUACGGCGUGCUGCUUUGGGAACUGCUAACAGGAGAAGUACCAUUCCGAGGAAUUGAUGGUCUUGCCGUAGCAUAUGGUGUUGCCAUGAAUAAACUUGCCCUUCCAAUCCCUUCCACGUGUCCAGAGCCUUUUGCCAAGCUCAUGGAAGAUUGUUGGAACCCUGACCCACACUCACGACCUUCCUUUGCCAGUAUCCUAGACCAUCUCACCGCCAUAGAAGAGUCUGGUUUCUUUGAAAUGCCCAAAGAUUCCUUCCACUCCUUGCAGGAAGACUGGAAACAAGAGAUCCAAGAGAUGUUUGAUCAGCUCAGAGCCAAAGAAAAGGAGCUGCGUACAUGGGAAGAGGAGCUGACCCGUGCUGCUGUUGAACAGAAGAACCAUGAGGAGUUGCUACGAAGGCGGGAACAGGAGCUGGCAGAACGCGAGAUUGACAUCCUGGAAAGGGAGCUCAACAUCAUCAUCCACCAGCUGUGUCAGGAGAAGCCUCGGGUGAAGAAACGCAUGGGGAAGUUCAAGAGGAGUCGGCUCAAGUUAAAAGAUGGCAAUCAUAUCAGCCUGCCUUCAGAUUUCCAGCAUAAAUUCACUGUGCAGGCUUCUCCAACGAUGGAUAAAAGGAAAAGCUUGAUCAGUAGCUGCUCCAGUCCUCCUGCAAGUCCUACCAUUAUUCCCAGACUCAGGGCCAUACAGUUGGCUCCUGCUGAAAGCAGUAAAACGUGGGGACGAAGCUCAGUCCUUCCAAAGGAGGAAGGAGAGGAAGAAGAGAAGAGAGGCCAGAAGAAAAAGGGACGCACUUGGGGACCAAGCUCACUUUGUCACAGGGAGCUAGGUGCAGGAGAAGAUGGUCUGAAAGCUCUGGUAGAAGGAUACAAACAGUGGUCAUCCAGUGCACCGAACCUUGGGAAGAUCCAGAGAACUGCGCCUGCUUUUCCAGGAUUCACCAGCUUAGCAGAGAUGGAUGAUGAAGACAGUGAAUGUCUUAAUGGGGAGGGCAAAGUGCACCCUUCACCUGGCCACAAUCAGUCAUACCUCUGCAUCCCAUUUCAGAAGAACGAAGACUGGGAUGGUCCUUCUAGUGAUGCCAAUGAGGAGUCCACCCCUGUGAACUCUGCUACUAGUACCCCACAGCUGACACCCACCAACAGCCUCAAACGCAGCGGCUCCCACCACAAGCGAUGUGAGGUUGCGUUGCUUAGCUGUGGAGCAGUGCUGGCUGCUGCAGGCCUAGGUUUUGAUCUGUUAGAAGCAGGGAAGUGUCAGCUGCUGAUUGAGGAGGAGCCAGAGGUGCCCAAGGAGGAGAAGAAGAAACGUGACAGCAUCUUCCAGCGAGCUGGACGCCCACGCAGGAGCACUAGUCCACCUUCACGAAAGAUCUUCAAGAAAGAGGAUCCCAUGUUGUUGCUAGGCGAGCCAUCCACAUCCCUCACCCUUCUUUCCCUGUCUUCCAUUUCCGAAUGUAAUUCCACCCGGUCCCUGCUGCGCUCAGACAGUGAUGAGAUUGUGGUGUAUGAAAUGCCUGUCAGCCCAGUGACAGUCAAGGCUCCCUUACCAGCCAUUACCAACCCACUAGUCAAUGUCCAGAUCGAGAGGUUCAAACAAGACCCCAACCAGUCCCUGACUCCCACACAUGUGACGGUCUCUUCCCACACCCAGCAAAGCGGGCACAGGCGCACACCUUCUGAUGGGGCCAUCAAAGGGAGUGGACUAGUUGUCAAUGGGUGCCCAACCAGUGGAUGCCCUUCCAGUAGCUGUUUAACUGGAGCACUGGGAGCAGGUGUGUUAAAAACACCUAGUCCAAGUAGAGAUCCCAAUGAGGUCCCUCGCCUGCCAGACCCCAACCUUGUUUUUCCUCCAACCCCGAGACGAUGGAAUGCACAGCAGGACUCCACACUGGAAAGACCCAAGACAUUGGAGUUCCUGCCCCGGCCACGUCCUGCAGCCAGUCGGCAGCGGCUUGAUCCCUGGUGGUUUGUGUCACCCAGCAAUGCCAAGGGUGAAUCUUCUGCCAACAGUUCAAGUACUGAUACUCCAAGCAAUCUGGACUCUUGUUUUGCUAGUAGCAGCAGCACUGUAGAAGAGAGACCUGGACUGCCUGCACUGCUUCCUUUCCAGGUGGGUGUUCCUGUAGAGGAGCGGACACUGUUGGACAUAGAUGCUGAGGGGCAGAGCCAGGACAGCACCAUUCCGCUAUGCAGAAGUGAACUUAACACACACAAAGCUGCAGCAUAUGAACUCAAGCAAGAAUUCUGGUCUUAGUAUGAAAUCCGCUGGGGGCAGUGAGCCCCUCUAAAUUCAAUCCUACUUUUUGCACUGAGAAUGCACUUUGAAGACAGAUGAGAUGGAGGGAUGCUACAGAGAUCAUAUGGUGCUGCCUCUGCUGAACACGUGUUGUUCGACUGCCUGAUUUUUGUCUGCAGUUGGAUGAAACUUGACAACUCUGAGCUGCUGACUUUUGCUGUGGGGUUUUUCUGUAGUCUUCCCUGCCCUCUUAUUGCAGUUUGAAUCUGCAAUGAGCUAAAAUUAUCAUAUCAAAGUCUUUGUUACUGACCUUGUAGGAUUUGGCACUUGCAGUAAGUAUAUUGGUAUCUAUCCUGGUAUUAAUCAGUAUUUUCAAAACUCGAAUAUUACACUACAGCAGACCCCAGUGUUUGAUGUUUUCCCAAGGAAUCCAGAACAGAAGCAAGUAAAUAUCUGGAGACUACUUUCUCUGAAAUGUAUUCAGAUCAUUAGAUAGGCCUGGGAAUGAUGGUACCCCCACUGAAGGAGCAGAAGUAGCUAUCUUGGACUCACUUGUCCUCUUUUGCUCAUGUGAUAGUGCAAGGUGGAACAGAUUGCAGAGGAAGGGCAUGGCAUCUCCACUGAUGGAGGUCUUUGAGAACAGACUAACUAGACUAUUGGGAAUGAGUAGGUGUAGUUGAUCCUGGCUUCAAGGCAGGUUGGAUGGACUUCAAUGAUCUCUAGAGGUCCCUCUCAGCCCUAUUUUUCUAUGACCCUGUGCUUUCAAAAAGAUGAAGGCUUAUGCUAUGGCUGUUUACUCUAGCUUGCUUUUUUUCUUUCAGACUUUGGUUCCAUCAGCUUCCUUUUCCCAUCCCCUGUACCCCAGGCUCAUAGUUGAGCUGCCUCUGCUUUGGGAAGGGAAUUAGCAGCCACUCUUUCUUUAAAGCUGUGUUGGCUUGCAGCAGUAACUUCUGUGUCCCCUUGCUUUUUUUCUUGCUGUUCUUUCUCCUUUCUUACGCUUUUUAGGAGUGGCCCUUGAAACCCAAGACUGUUCUUAUGCACACUGAUACCUGUUUAAGGUUCUUUUGAAAUUGAGGCUUGUUAGUAGUUGGAUUGUGCAAACAGGAAUCAGGACAUCUGGAUUCUGUUUUGUUUUGUCACUGACUCACUGUGUGACCUUGGGCAAAUAAUGUAACCUCUGUGCCUGAAUUUCCCCAUCUGUAAAUAAUAGGAAUAAUACCUACCUCACAGGGGGAGGGGUUGGGACAUAUGUUAUAGGUAUAAAGUCCUUUGAGAUCUUUGAGUGAAAGGCACUAUAGACAUGUAAACCUUUAUUCUUGUCCAAAUAUGUAAAAACUCCUAACUCUGGAGCAAGAACAGACCCCUGUCUUGAAGGAGGAAGUCACACAAAUAGGGUGUGCCUAUGCUCACGCUUUUCUGUACAGAGACUGCAGGUGUGUCUGUGCAUCUGCAGGUAUAUCUUACUGGCUUUAAUGAGAGCUUCACUCUUCCCCAGUUUUGGCAUUAUAAAUAAGGGAUGUGGCCUUUAUAUGAGUGUAAUAGGGUAGUCUGCUUUAUUGCAGGGUACAGCAUAUCUGUUCACUCUUUUUGUGCAGAUCUGUGCUCAUUUUGCUAAUCUACUGACCAUUUGGGUGCAAGUAACUGAUUUGACAGUGCUGCCAACGCAGUGCUCAACCUGUUAGGGCAGUCCAGUCCUGUUGUGAAGGCAGUGUGGCCGAAUACUUUCUCGCAGCUGUUAGCACAGAGAACCUGUGUGUUUAGAUGUUUGUAACCUGACGUUAAAAACCAGCAUGUGUGAGGAAGUACUGUACGUAAGGUUUUUUUAAUUCUGUUUGAGGGCUAAAACCAGUAUGUUGCCAUUAGUCAAGUGCACCCCUUUUUUCAAGCAAUUCUGGUAUGUUUUCAUUUAGAAAGGUCACACAUUUCUUGUUUAUCACGUUCCGUGAAACAUGUUUAAUGGCAGAAUUACCUUUUGCUGCCUCCCCCAUUGAAUGCUCCAGAGCUAGACUUAAUGAUGCUACACUAGCUGCUGAAGCUGGACAGACUGUUGACUGGGUAGGCAAGGUAUUCUGAUGUGGGGCUAAGAUACUUUAAAAAGAAAACUUACACUUCUGACACUUUUGUUAAAUGUAGACUUUUAGCAUUAUUGAUUUCUUAAGCGUUCAUGCCUUUUGCUUUCUGUUUUUUGUGAUCCAGAAACUAAAAAAAAAAAAAGGUAAACCCCACCUAAACAGAUGGUUAAUUUCGAUUGUGGUAUAGAAACAAACUCAAGGAAAGCCCAGUCAGAGGCUGUGUCACAGGCACUUAAAAGCAGGAGAUUAAAACUAUCUAUAUUUCAUAGUCUCCCUUACCACUUUAAAAAGUCUGAAACAAAACUGGAUCAGCUGUUCUGAAAUGCAAUGUUUUCUAUCCAAAAAGUAUUAUUACAAAUGUCAUAGGAAGCAUCAUCUGCUCUGCGAAGAUAUUACCUGGAAUAGCUCCAUUUGAACAGAGAUUUUUAAAAUCCAUUUACUUGCAUGGAAUGGGAGGUUGCCUUUCUAGGUCACGUUGUUUUAACUCAGCCCACUAAACUUCCUGAUAGUUGGCCAGUUGCUUUCACCAAAUGAACUGUAAGGUUUCUGUCAAGUUCCCAGCAGGCAAGACAGCUGUAAAGCCAAGUUGUUCUUUUGCUUAGGAAAGUUGAGGAUGGAGUAUCAAAACCCUUUCCCCCUCUCUCCCUUUUAGAUAAUCACUUGGUGAAAGUGGUGUGUAGCUGACCUAUUAGAAGUGUUUUGCUCCAAAGAGCAUCUUCCCUAACACCAAAUGGAUGUUGCUACAUCAAAGGACCUGGGUAGGACAGAUGACAGGGAGUCAAGGGUCCAGAUCAGGGUUUCCAGUCUAGAUAUUUUCUACUAUGAAGCUGGCAGAAAGACUACGUAGAAGCAUAAUGUUUGGUGUUUGUUUUCUUUAAACACUCCUUGGAUGCAAUUGUCUUAGUUGAAUCUAGCAUGUGAAAUAAAAUGAGGUAGUCUGAGCAUCAACCCAUAACUGUCUUCCAGUUGGGAGCCCUGUGGCUAACCUGAGGUAUCAGGCAAGAGGAGUCUGUUGUAGAAACAAAGCUAUUGGCUUUAGCAGGUUGUGGGCUAUUCUUUGACAGGCAGAGCGGGUUCUCAAGGCGAAGAGUUGUCGGGUGUUUUACCUUAUGCAUCCGCAAAUGGUGUCCUGAGGCCCAGGGGCUAUGUGCAUGUUUAAGCUAGCUCAUAACCUCUCCCUAUACCCAUCUAUCCCAUCCUGGCUUGAUUUCUCUUCUUUUCUUAAUCUGUUGGGUUUUUUCCUUCCCAGUUGUGGGAGCUGAGGUGCUCCGAAUCUCCAAAGGAGUGCUUCACUUUAGUCCACUAGAUACUGAGAAGAUAUGAGCCUGUCAGCUCACAAAACUUUUUUUUUUCUUUUUUUUUUUUUUUAACUGGUUACUAGUAUUCCCAUUUAUCAGGGAGAUAAAAAUUUCAGAAUAUUGUUGAUUUGACAUACCUUUCUAGCAGUAUUCUUGAGGAAGAUGGUGAAAACCUUGCUAUAAAAAAAUUCUAAUAAAUGUAUUCUUUCCUAAAUAUCUGAAUAAGUUGCACUUUUUUUUUCCUGAGAAAGAGAACAUGAGAGCACAAAAUCCCUGAGCAGUCUGAAAUAUAACGACAAAAAAUGGGGUAAAAUGUAUUACAGUAAUUACAGGGCUCACAAAGAGGAAGUGACAAAUUUUUAACUGAUAGUAAUAGUAGUAAGAUUGCUGCUGAGAGAAAUUUUUCUGGUCUAGAAAUUUCUAUGUAUUUUCUUUUAAAUAGUCAGCUGGCAGUAUAUAUCACUAAUUUAUAUAAUAGAUGUGCUGAUUUAGGAAAUAGAAAAAAGUUUGCCAGCCCUUUAAAAUACGCUAUCCUUGUAGCCUGUUUGUUUUUCCUGUAAAAUUGGGGGGAAAGCACAGGGAUAGCAACCAGUGCAAAAAAUCACAAAUUUUUUUGAUAAAUUUUUACUGGUUUCACAGAAAGUGAGUGUGGGACAGGUAGAGAGAAGACAGCUUUUGUGUCAAAACUAGGGUGAUAAUAGUUAUGGGGUUUUUUUCUAAUGCUGUUACUUCCUAUGGACUGUACAAUGCUCUGCUCUGCCAGCAAGUACAUCUUACCUCCUUUCAAUCCUUUUCAGAGGUGCAAAUGUAACUUUUUAUAGGUAUUUUUUUUCCUUCAGGUUAUUAUUGCAGUGGGUUGAUAUUCAGUACGGAGCAGGGAACCUCAGUGAAAAUAUUCUUUUUGUAACUGUUUUCUAACAAAAUGAGUAUUUUCAAACUGAAUUUUUCAUUAUCAAUGUGGAAAGACCUGUUCUGGUUUGGCAUGCUUUUAUGAUGAAGUAUUUUUCUGUACCUCUAGGAAUGGGAGUAGUUGCCUUCCUCUUCAUAGCAUGCUGUUAUCUUAAGACUUUCUGGACAAUACUGCAUAGAGAUGUUACUUCGAUAUUGCCAUGAAACCGGAUACUUCUCAUUCUGUUGAAGGUGAGGCAGUAAUGGUCAAGUAAAGAAAGGUUUUUGCCAUCUGGAGUGUUCUGUUAAAUACAAAAUCACAGGAAACCUCCCAUCUUGAGUCACCUUUCUAUCUUGAGCUUAACUUUUAUUUGAAACUUAAUUCAUCUCUGUGGGAUGAAUAUGGGAGCUGGAGUCCCAUUAGAUGUAUGGAACCAAAUCUAAUACUGUAUCCCAAAAUUCAGUGAUAGCCUGUUACUUUUGUAAGUAAUUUUAGGCUAAUAUUAAUGGGCUUGUUUCUUUGGGGUUUUUUUGAAACCUUUCUUCUUGGAAAAAGUGCUUAUUGCUUUCUAACCUUUUCCACGCAUUUUGGAAAUAGUCUCAAGAACUCUUACCAACUCUAUGGCAAAUAAGGAGGCUUAUAUCUCGCAUAGUGAUACAGGUCUUCCUUUUGGCUUCACUUUUUUAGUAUGAAACAAGGACGCCUAUGUUUAGAAAUGAAGAUUUCUGAUCCUUAUCCUGUUGCUGCAGAACAGUUUCUUAGCUUCCAUAUUUAUAACUCAAUCCACUUCAGGCUGUAAUUUGGGUAAAACUGGACAUUAAGAGUGAGGGUAUAGGCAUGUGUUAAAACCUAUUUGCGAAAAAGCAAUAAAUACAGCAUGCAUGUGCAAAGAGAACCAAAACAUACUCAUGCUGUCACAGAGGAUAACUUUCAGACUUCAUAAACCUUUGGUUGAUCAUAUUAUUAAGAUAUCUUUAGGAAAGAAUGCCUUCCUAUGUUUUUCUAUUAAGUUUCCUGUUGUAAGAUUAGAAUAUGGUGCUUUGCACAGACAGUGGUAUUGUAUCUAGCUGGAUAGAAAGGAUCUUUAACCAGAUUUUUGUCUUUUUUUUCUCUAUUUCCAAUACAGUUUGUGGUUUAGAUUUUCCUUUUUUUUGUGGUUAACAAACAAGAGAGUCUUAAGAAGAACUUACGUUUACUAUUUCCUCAGCCCUACUUUCACAAUUUCACAAGGCAGUAUGGAAAUGCAUUUAUGGCUGCUGCUGCUGUUCCCUCUAUUGAAUAUGCUAGUAGAAGGUCACAUGCUGCAGUUAAAAUGUGCAUUUGCUUUUGGUUUUUUCUCAUGCUCUGCUUUUUUAAGCAGCUUUGCCAUUGGUCAGAGAUGAGUACAGCUUCUGAAAUUAUCUACAUCAGUUUUAUUUUUGUAUGUUAAAAAUAGUCAUUCCCAGGCUAAGAGGUGUGUGUGCUUGAUUAAAAGGUAAUUUACCACUGGUGACUAGGUGGUGUAGCUGCCAGAAUUAUUAUUGUUCCUCUCUAACAAAGAUCUCCCUUUUUUUGCAACUGGAAAGUCUUUAGCAUUUCAUUAAUGUUUGUAUACAAGAAACACAUUUCAUGUCCUUCUGUACAUGAGUGAAAAAUCUUUUUUUCUUUGGUUCUAAAUGACCAGGAACAUCAUUUUCCUACUGCGAAUGGCUUCUUGGACUGUUUGGUUUUUUGGUAGUGGGUUGUUUGGUUGGUUAGUUGGUUUUUUAAGCCUGUGAAAUACAUAUGUAUCUGUAAGGUGCGUCCUGUAUUCCUAGGUGCCUUCUAUCUCACAUGCCUCCUUGCUAGGGCCUGAGGUUGGUUUUUGGAGGGAACUCCUGGUUGUAGUUUUCAGUACUGUAGUGUUCUUCAUCACACAUCAGGCCAAAUACCAGCACAGUAAACAUUUAAUGUCCUCCCAUUUAUUGAUGUGUGUACACCCCUGUGGAAAGAAGUACGCUAUCACUGGCUUUCCUUAUCUCUUGAUUAGAAUUCUGCCCCUAUCCCAUCUUUUUCAGUUAUUAAUUCUUGUUACCAAAGUACCUGGGGACCUAAGACAGAAACCAAUACAUGUUUUAGGUGUGCUUUGACCUAAAAUGUUUCCAAGCUAGAAACAUAAGAUACAACUGGGAGAAGUGAAAGCGGAGGUUGGCAGGAAAUAGCAAAUAAAAGAGUGAAAUUACCCUUCUUAAUGUAAUAAGCAGUCAGACGACAGAGGGGACUAGCUGCUUGGUAAUCUCUUGGCAUUGUAGGUAAGUUGGGUCCUAAAGAAGAAUUUGAGGAAUAUGUAGUUACUUAAUUUCUGGUUGGUUUGGUUUAUUUUACCCUGAGCUACCUCAUUUGUAGAGCUGGAAUGGGAAGAAAGCGUGAGUUUUGGUAAGAAAUGCUCUAGGUAGGCAGUUGAGGCUGGGAUGAUGGGAGGACAGAGGCAAACACUUGCAUUUGGCUCUUUGACAUGCAAAUUCCUGAUGGAAAAAUAAAACCAGCAAUUCAGUUUUAGAAGUUAAGAUUAUACUUGCUUUUACUAUGUAUGUCUCCAAAAUAAUAAAUGACAAGGCAGGGCAUUUUUUCUUGAUGGUUUCUGACCUGUGGAAGAACUGAUUGUCCACAGACCAAAAGGUGGUGAUUUUGUAUAAGUCACUACUGCUUUUAAAAGUGAAGGCCUGUUUUCUGAAAACAGAUUUUUUAAAAAUAAACUCAUGUGCUCUUAAAAUGGACCUACACACAAUCCUGAUUGUUUCCCUGUAUUUGCAGUAUUGUUUUCCUAAUGUGUCAGAUCCUAAUACAGUCCUUAUUGUAUCUGAGUGCUAAUAAUGUGCAGACAGCCCAAUAUAGCUAAUAUUAAGAAAUAAUGACACAUUUUUAGUGUGUAGUGUAGUGGAUUUAUAAGUUCAGCCUGAAGUGGGCUACCGUUAGAUCUGUAGGUGAUGGGUCAGAUGGAUGCACAGCUAGCAAAAGGGGGCUUAGAACAAAUCUGCAGGAGGAAUGCCAAAGUUUUAUUUGCUUAAAAUAAAUUAUCUGAAAAAUAAUCAUGUUGGGGGGGAAGAAAGGCCCUUCAUUAUUCAGAAAUACUUUUCUAGUAUUUUUUCCACGCUCAAAUUUUAGCUUCCAGGAUAGCUAGUGAGAACCUACAUUGUGUUUGAAAGUUGUUGGCUGAAACCCCAACAUAAGACCAGAGUGACUGACACUGUCUCCCUGUUCUACCUUGAUUGUUCCAAUUUAGCAUUUUCUCAAGAACAGAUGUUGAGGUUGGGUAAAGCUAACCUCCUUGUCUUGAAGAGAGACAUAUAGGUCUGAGAAAGAAGAAACAUUGUUCUAGCCAUGUCCUGAUGCUUUUGUGUCUCGCUCUCUUACCAGUAGAGGUUCUAAUGGAGCAGGAAGUCAUGCCGGUGUUUUUCCAAGCUUCAUUGAUAAGAAUGCUGCUAACAGCGCAUUUCAGUACAAGUUCUUUGGGAACCCUUGUACUUGGUUUCUCAUAGAGUUUCGGAGCAACCCUGGCCUCUGAUUACUGUUUGGCAUAGCUCAGUUGCACACUGAGCUUCUUGAGUUUAACUACAUCUGGAGGAGAACUGAGGUUCUUCUGGAAUUUGUGGAUGUGGCCACUUCUCGACUUGGGUAAUGUGUUUUCUCCCAGGCCCAGUCUGUGUCAUGAAAUGAGUUGUCACCUUCAACUGAUUGCCCAGAUAUUCAGGGUAGGCUUGUUCUUCUAUCUUGCAUGCUUUAGUGAGCAGCUCUUACAAUGUCAACAGGGUUAGCAUUUGUAUUUGAAUAGGGCAGCUAAUACCUCUGAGCUGACUUCUCACACUGCAUCUCAAGCAGAUGUUACUGCAUCAGUUCUGCCAUUGCUCUGUUUUCAAGGAUAUCUUGACAACCAUAACAUCCAGAAAUCUUAGACCGUAAAGAAUAAAGCCACAGAAAAAAAAAAAGGGGGGGGAGGAAGAAAAAAAGAAAGCAUACGAGCCUUUGCCAGUUGAAUGGUUGAGUUUGGCUAGUGCUCUUUGCAGAGAGUAAAAUCCAUUCUUGUGCAACAUAGGUCUCUUUGGGGGAUGGCUAAAUUCAAAGUGGAGAAUAUACCUAGAUCCACUUAACGUCAGUAGGCACCAGUGCCCCUCAUUUGGCAGUUAUAAUAAGAAACCAUGUAAAGCCAAGAACAUCUAGUAGUAAAAGUUCAUAUUUAGCGUAAUUAGCUUUCAAGUUAAAAGGGAAGAGGCCUCAAUUCAAGAAAGCUCUUCAUCACAUACUUACAUUCCACUGACUUCAGUGAUGUUUAUCUGUGGGUCAAAAUGCAUGAGACCCCAAUUCAGCAAAGCUCUUUUAAUCUAAAUUGGGGAAUUGUCCUGUAGAGAUUAAUGGUGAAGGACCAGGCUCUGUACUUUGAUUGUCAGAGGAAAGAGUUCCUUCACAAGCCUCUGGGUACACACUGGUUUGAUUGCAGACUCUUGUGGCCUUUCCAUGACUGCACAUGCCAUGCCUAUUUGACUGCUAAUUCUUACCAUAAACAGGGUAAGCUUAGAGAAUGUUUUCUGACACAGGAAGAAGGAGCAACAACUUCUACAUUAGCAGAUUACUAGCUGUAAAGGGGGCAGUAAGUGGUGCAUGGAGGUUGUAUGUGCAAAUGUCAGUUUAACCUGAGGCCUUUUCUCAGGUGUUCUUUCUCAUUUUAAAAAUGCAUCCCUCCAGGCUGGUGGACAGACCUGACAAGUUCAGCAGUGAAUCAACAUCCACCACUGUUACUAGAGUUCUAGGGUUCUUGUUUGUCAGCUGUUGGUGCAGCACUUUGUGCUGGUAUAUAUGAUUUCUUUGUCAGAAAUUCAGGGCAAGCUGGAAAUAUCUGCGAUAUUUUGCCGGACUUAAGUUGAGAGGCUUAUAUGGAGUGGUCAGGGCAACAGUGGUGGAAAAAAUCAGGGAAAAUACCUGUGCUUUUAACAAUGUCUCUUCUGUGGCUUUGAAAGUCCAAGAAUUUCUCAGCCAGAGAAUGUAUUUCCUCCCUCUUUUUAUAAGCUACUUCUUUCUUUUGCCUUAUUAAUUGUGGAUCUGCUCCUGCUUCUAUUUAAAGCCAGAUGCAAAAAUCAGUGACCUGACUUUCCUAGGUACAAUGUUGUAAAUCUGAAGAACCAGGUGAGUAGAUUACUCUAGUGUAAGAUCAUGCCCCCAUGUCUGUUCUUUUGAGGUAUGGGGUAGUUCCUGCUUGUGUUGAAAUCACUGUGUGGAAGGUGUUGGGUACUUCGUAAGGAACUCCAAACUCUGCAGGACUGGGAUUCAUCUUCAACUUAAGUAUUUCAGUCUGUAUUUGGAGACCUCUGUAUGUCUUCUCUUCUGUUCAUGGUGUUCAAAAGUCUCUUGCUACGGAAGUAGCACCUGAAGGUAUGUUUUGCCCGAAGAACCUGCAAUGAAGCAGUUACAUUAGCAAAUGGUAACGUACCCCAGAGUUGAGUAAAAUAACGGAGGCCACCAAGUUUUUCUUGUUUGUGUGAUGAAAUGUUGUCAAAUUAAGUGAUUUGUUGGAGCCUUCCUUUAACUUCUGUACAGCAGUAAGCUUAGAGGAAAAGAAGAUUGCAUUAUUUUUAAAAAAGCUUUAUUUGUGACCCGGACUUGUUGCCUCUGACCCUCUUGGGCUUAAAUAGUUAAAUUAUAUUAAUGUCCAGUUUGUUUCACUGUAGGUAACACAUCAACUGAAUACUCUUGUGCAUAAUCUACUGUAUCUUUCCUCUGUUCUGUGUCGAUGUAUUAUGUGUAUUUGGAUUACAGUUCUUUUUUGUAUUAAAUUAUUUUAUGUUAUAGAACAAUAUUUAAGCGAAGCAAAGAGCUAAUGAAAGUUGUUGGCGUUUUGGGAUUUCUUUUCUCUUUGCUCUUUUUUUGGAUGUACUGUAAAUUGUAAACCAAGGAUGCCAAGCAGGCUUGGUUCAAUGGCUAAAAUUAUUGUAUUACAGUGUAAUGCUGAUCUAGGCCUUGUCUCAACACUAGAGCACACAGACUUGAAUAAAACUGUUAUAAAAGUGA